CACACACACACACACACACACGUAGUGUUUUUCGGUUCAAAGUGCGUUUGGUGGGCAAUGACCUCUAAGCUCACUGAUUAGACAGUCAAAUUGUCUGUCAGUGAAGAAGACGAAGAAGAAGAAGAAGAAGACGAAGAAGAAGAAGGGAGUCACACAGGUUGAAGGAGCAGAGAGACAUCGCCAUGACGACUGAAUACCAUGAUGACACUGAAGACGACAGCAGCUCCUUCUGGAACAAAGAGACGUCCUCUGUCUCCUUCUCAAAUGUCUCCAGGUUCAGACGCUGGUUGUUUCCUGGUCUGACGGCUGCAUUCGUCUUGAUUCUGAUCAUAGCGCUGGGAGCCAGCAACACAAAGAUGUCGAACCGUUUGUGGUCCAUGGAGAAAAGUGUGUCCAACAUGACCGAAUCAGUGAGCGCCGCACAUCAGCUCGCCACAGAUGCAGCUAAAGAACUUCAACGGCAGAAGUUUGCUGUGGAGAACAACAAGGACCAGCUGAGCUCAGUAUCCGAGGCCCUGAAGCAGCUCUCAGCUCUGGACACUCUCAGCAGGACGGUCGCUACGCUCAAAUGUUCCCUUGAACGCUUAAUCAACAAUGGUUCAGCGGCUGCCAGCUGUUGUCCUCUCGGUUGGGAUAUGUUCUCUGGGAACUGUUAUUACUUCAGCAAGACACCUUUGAACUGGCACGAUGCCAGAGACUGGUGCAACGGACAUGAAUCUCACCUGGUCAUACUCGUCAGUGAUGAGGAGUGGGAGUUUGUGACUAGUCACACCACAGGCACCUUCUACUGGGUCGGUCUGAGUGAUGAGAGAACAGGGAGGUGGGAGUGGAUCAACCAGACGCCAUACGUCAUGAACCGCAGGCGUUGGAUGCCCGGUCAGCCCGACAGCUGGACACAUCACGGCCUCGGCCCCGGAGACGAAGACUGUGCUCACAUGCACAGAGACGGACGCCUCAACGACCUGCACUGCUCUCCAGGAUGCGCUACAUCUGCCAGAGACACACCCUUCACAGCUAAACAGCGCUUCCGCCGUCCGGGCUCCGCCCACACACCGCUCGCAUUACGUUUCGCUGAUAUCGACUGUAGACUGUAA